AUGGCAGCACAGGAGAGCUACGUUCAGAAGCUUCAACGCAUAAGAACAGCGUGGUCGAGUAGCGUCUUCGUACUCGGUCGUGAAUACCGAGCCCAUCUAUGGCGAGACUAUCGAUACCUCGAACAAUCGCGAGAAGAAGCCGCUGAAGUGGCUUGGAAGGCUCUGAAUGCUACUCCCACAUCCAACGUAACAACAAGUCAAUCUGCGUACAACUAUAACCGUGGAUACACAACUACUCGAUAA